AAACAAAACAACUUUUGUUUAGACAAAUGUUUCAAAUCAAAAACCAAUGUUAGCCGAUAAGGUUCUAACUCUAACAAAUUUCACAAACAGAUAAAUUUCCCUCCCUUCAAAAUCAACUCAAUGAAAGAUGUUUGCAGGUACCUGUUCCAAAUAUCCCACCCACCCUGCACAGCAACCCUCGACCACAGACGCGUACUCACACGCACUCACACAGUAUGCCAUGAUGAGGAUUAUCAGCUCGACGCGAUCGUCCCGAAGGGAGCGAAAAUCAUCUGUCCACAGCAGAUUUCAUCAUGGCACACUUCGACUCUGACUCUGACUUUGUACAAUUUUCUUUCUCCCUCUCCCCCUUUUUCUCCAAUCUGUACGGAACAGACCCCCGAAUGUAUGCUUUCCCCCUGUUGCCACCACGUGGUGGUGGUGGUGCUGGUGGUUCAUCAAAAUUCAACAAAAUGAUAAUAACAAUAACGAUGGUUCCUCCCCCUGUAAGUAUGCAACACGUCGUCGAAGACGACAAGAACCCCUCUUCGUGCAGCAGAAAUGGCAAAUAAAUGCAUUGAACAACUCUAUUAUUCGGUGAAUUGCCGGAACCCGGGAGCACGUGGCUUCUCAUUCUUUAGUUGGUUUGGUUUGACAAAAGUAGGAAAAAAAAAAUCGAAAAGUGGAUAAUCUGCUUACAAUGUUCUUCUUUUAUCUCCCCCUUUUCUCGCACUCUAUUAAAAUCGCAUUUUCACGGAUUUGUAGCAUGGAUUACAAAAACGAAGGCCACAGCGGCGUCAACCAGCUGGGUGGCAUCUUCGUGGGUGGCCGCCCGCUGCCCGACUCCACCCGACAACGGAUCGUGGAGCUGGCCCACGCCGGGGCCCGGCCCUGUGACAUUUCCCGGAUCCUGCAGGUUUCCAACGGAUGCGUCAGCAAGAUACUGGGCAGAUACUACGAAACGGGCAGCAUCCGGCCGCGCGCCAUCGGCGGCUCCAAGCCCCGCGUGGCCACCCCCGAGGUCGUGCACCGCAUCUCCCAGUUCAAGCAGAACUGUCCGAACAUUUUUGCGUGGGAAAUCCGCGACAAGCUGCUGAACGAGCGCAUCUGCACGCCCGAGAACAUCCCGAGCGUAUCGUCCAUAAACCGCGUCCUGCGCAACCUGGCCGCCCAGAAGGAGUUUAGCAAGAAACCGCACGCACAAGAAUCGUCGAGUGACGUCGAGUCCAGCUAUCUGGCUGCGUCCGGAAAGUCGCUGAAUGACAGUUCGCCCUUUUUGCACUACAAAUAUGGUGGCGCCGAAAAUGAUAUCAAACCGUCGUCGGCCGGUCCGUCGGACGAAAACAAGGGCUCUUUCGGCAAGCACUGCUUCACCAACUUGGACUCGCCGGUGGGGCUGGGAACCGCCGGCGGAGGUCUCAAACCGUCCCCUCAACAGCAGCAGCAGCAGCAACAGCAACAACAACAAUCAGCGCAGGUCAACUUUGACUCGGACUCGGAACGGCUCAGCCUGAAGCGGAAGUUGCAGCGCAAUCGGACCUCGUUCACCGUCGACCAAAUCGAGUACCUGGAGAAGGAGUUUGAGCGGACGCACUACCCGGACGUGUUCUCCCGGGAACGACUGUCUUCCAAAACCAAUCUACCUGAGGCGCGGAUCCAGGUCUGGUUCUCCAACCGGCGCGCCAAGUGGCGCCGCGAGGAGAAACAACGCUCCCAGGCGGCAUCCGAGGGCACUUCCGUGGCGGUGUCGGCAACUCCCGCACCCCCCUCCGGAGUGUCCUCAUGCAUGAACCUGACUUCGCCGCUCGUCUCGCAGCACGUGUACGACUCCAACAUGUGCGUCGAGGACUCCAACAGCAAUUAUCUGAGCAAGAGCUACCCGCUGGAACCGGGCGCGUUCGCCGGCCUCGAUCCGAUGAAGUCUCCCCAAGGGCACCAGCAACAGCAACAUCAACAGCAGCAGCAACAGCAACAACAACAUCCUCAAACCCAUUCACCAAUGUCCUUCAAGCUGUUUCCCUCGAAUCUUACCGGAUCGGGUGGUGGUGGCGGAGGCAGCGGCUCCGUAACACCCGGAACCGGCGUGCUGCACGAGCCCAACCUGAUGGACGCGGUGGCCCUGUCCAACAACGCCGGUUUCGCGCCCCCUACCUCGGACGACAAGUCCCUGUACAACCACUUUGCCUACGCGGCGGCCGCAGCCAACAUGCACCACACGGCUGCGUACUCGGCCGCCGCAGCCGACCAUCACCACCACCACCAUCAUCACCAGUCGGCGGCGGCUGCGUCCUACAACGGGAUGUACCUCAAGAACCAGCUGUACAACCUGCCGACGAACGCCGUGUCCGGCGUGCUCAGCUUCCAGUCGACCCUCGACUGGAACAAAAGUUAAUGGUAAGCGUCCCGAGGCCAGGACGCAGCCAAAGGUCUCUUCCCCUGCUUCACGAGAUGACAAUUGCCAUAACAUGAUUUGCCAUAAAUGGAAAAGAAAAAAAAAACCGACCGACAUUAUGGUGCACUCUUUGAUCUAUUCUCUCACCAACACAAACAAACAUAUGAAAAGGUAAACAAACAAACAUGGUGAAUGUUGACGAGACACAAAAUAUUAUAUAUUAUUAUUAUUAUUAACUAUGAAAUGAAACACAAACGUGAUCAGUUUUUACUACAAGUGAUGGUUGUCCGUACUUAUUAUACAUAUUAUAGCCAGGAGGAAACACAGAGGUGGGUACGAAAAAGUAUUAUUUUUUGCGUCUAAACUACGUCAUUAUAACACACACACUCACAUUAUAUAUGAAACGCUGUGACACAACAUAAUGUAAACAAAAAAAAAUCGUAAUGACAAGUAAACAAUGUGUUAGGAAAAUUGAAUAUUUUAAAACGAUGAACGGGUGAGAAAACCCAAUUUGAAGAAGUAUGCAUACAAAAAGAAAAACACUCUUAUUGAAAAUGUAGAACAAUAUAUUCGCAUCAGCUCUCUCGUGCGAGUGCGCGGAGAGCAGUAAAUGAAACUGGAAUGUACAAUAAAGUGACAAGAAGAAAGUAAAAAAAAAA